CCUUUUUAUUAUCUACUCCACCGAACGAAGUUGGGAGGUUCAACUUCAACCUCCACCACAACCACACGGUUCCCUCUUCCUCCUUCCUCCGCUUUACCUUUCCCAAACCCUAUUUCUUUUCUUUCUUUUUCUUUGUCCUUCUCUGUAAGUCUUUCUCCAUGGCUUCUUCCACUGCUCAAAUUCAUGGCCUCGGUACUACCGCUUCCUUCCGGAAGAAAUCCCUUCAUCCCAAUUUCUCAUCGUCUUCCAGAGGCUUCUUCUUCGGGCAGAGGCUAAUCAAUACCGCGUCGUUCCCCAGACUCAGAGCCGCCGCUAAGGUGCGCCCGUUGAGGGUGGUGAACGAGAAGGUGGUGGGGAUCGAUUUGGGGACGACCAACUCGGCGGUGGCGGCUAUGGAGGGAGGUAAGCCGACAAUAGUUACGAACGCGGAGGGCCAGCGUACCACACCCUCCGUGGUCGCCUACACCAAGAAUGGGGACAGGCUGGUGGGUCAGAUCGCCAAGCGCCAGGCCGUUGUUAACCCUGAGAACACGUUCUUCUCCGUCAAGCGGUUCAUUGGGAGGAAGAUGUCCGAGGUGGACGAGGAGAGCAAGCAGGUCUCCUACCGGGUCGUCAGGGACGAGAAUAACAAUGUCAAGUUGGAGUGCCCAGCAAUCGGAAAGCAGUUCGCUGCUGAGGAAAUAUCCGCCCAGGUUUUGAGGAAGCUUGUGGAUGAUGCUUCAAAGUUUUUGAAUGAUAAAGUUACCAAAGCUGUGGUAACGGUGCCUGCUUACUUCAAUGAUUCCCAACGGACAGCAACAAGGGAUGCUGGUCGUAUUGCUGGUUUAGAUGUUCUUAGAAUCAUCAACGAACCAACUGCUGCUUCAUUAGCAUACGGGUUUGAAAAGAAGAAUAACGAGACCAUCUUGGUGUUUGAUCUUGGCGGGGGUACUUUUGACGUUUCAGUGCUUGAGGUUGGCGAUGGAGUCUUUGAAGUACUUUCUACUUCUGGUGACACUCAUUUGGGUGGUGACGAUUUUGACAAGAGAGUUGUUGAUUGGCUUGCUGCAAGUUUCAAGAGAGAUGAAGGAAUAGAUCUGUUGAAGGACAAACAAGCUCUUCAGCGGCUAACAGAGACCGCUGAGAAAGCUAAGAUGGAGCUGUCAUCCUUAACCCAGACAAAUAUUAGUUUGCCUUUCAUUACCGCCACUGCAGAUGGCCCCAAGCAUAUUGAAACCACCCUCACUAGGGCCAAGUUUGAGGAAUUGUGUUCUGACCUUCUUGACAGGCUUAAAACACCAGUUGAAAAUUCCUUGAGGGAUGCUAAACUCUCCUUCAAAGAUUUAGAUGAGGUGAUCCUUGUUGGAGGAUCAACUCGAAUUCCAGCUGUUCAGGAGCUUGUGAAGAAGAUGACUGGGAAAGAUCCCAAUGUGACAGUUAAUCCUGAUGAAGUCGUUGCCUUGGGAGCUGCAGUUCAGGCUGGUGUUUUGUCUGGGGAUGUCAGUGACAUCGUGCUUUUGGAUGUGACUCCGUUGUCACUAGGACUAGAAACCCUCGGUGGUGUAAUGACAAAGAUCAUCCCAAGAAAUACUACCCUGCCGACCUCCAAGUCAGAGGUGUUCUCCACAGCUGCAGAUGGACAGACCAGUGUUGAGAUUAAUGUUCUCCAAGGCGAGCGAGAGUUUGUUAGGGACAACAAAUCUCUUGGUAGCUUCCGUCUAGAUGGUAUCCCACCUGCUCCUCGUGGGGUCCCUCAAAUUGAAGUAAAAUUUGACAUUGAUGCCAAUGGUAUCCUCUCGGUCACUGCUGUUGACAAGGGAACAGGAAAGAAGCAAGACAUUACAAUUACCGGUGCCAGCACCUUGCCCAGUGAUGAGGUGGAGAAAAUGGUCAGGGAAGCCGAGAAGUUUGCAAAGGAAGACAAGGAAAAGAGAGAUGCCAUCGACACAAAGAACCAAGCUGAUUCUGUUGUCUACCAGACAGAGAAGCAGCUCAAGGAGCUGGGAGAUAAGGUUCCAGGCCCAGUGAAGGAGAAGGUGGAGGCAAAACUUGGAGAGCUCAAGGAUGCAAUUUCAGGGGGUUCAACCCAAGCCAUUAAGGAUGCCAUGGCAGCCCUUAAUCAGGAAGUUAUGCAGCUCGGCCAGUCCCUUUACAACCAACAAGGUGCUCCUGGUGCAGGCGCUGGCACUGGUGCUGGGCCUGCACCUGGUGGUGAAUCUGGCCCUUCAGAAUCAUCCGGCAAGGGACCUGAUGGGGACGUUAUCGAUGCAGAUUUCACUGACAGCAAGUGAGAGAGCAGAAAUUGGAUAUAUUUUUGGCGCUCAUCUUUUCUUUGUUAAUGUGUAUAAGAAUCGAUUUUGUGGGGAUUGGAUUUCUUGAUGUUGGGUUACACAGCUAGUCAUUUUUUAGCCUUCUGGGGAAAGAAUGCUAUUUUAGAAAUAGAGGUUAAAAGACUGUUUUAGUAGUUUCCCCUGGUAGCAAAAUCUUGGGGGGAACUACCGUUGAUGCACUUUGUUUAAAGUAGUUACUUAAAUGCAAUAUGAAGGAUUUGAGGGUAGAA